AAAUUCACCUUGGCAAUGUUUUCAAAAUGGCUUCAUCGGCUGACGACGACGGAUCGAAGCAGAACCGAUUAAAUGAAGAAAUAAAGCCUGAACCUACUUUAUUGGCAGGAACUAAUGAGGAGGACACGCAGAUUAAGAACCAGCGAAAUAAUAGACUGUCUAAUUUAAAAGGAGCCGCAUUCUUUACCACUUUGACAACGACUUCUCUUUUGUUUGGCUUUGGAACAACGGUGGCCAUGGCUAAAAAGAAAGACCCUGCUAUGUUUGCUAAGACAUUGAUACCCAGUCGAGAAUACCCGGUUACUGGACAUGCGUUUGCCGCUCGUGCACUGGCAUGGGGGACAUUAUAUUCAAUCUCUGGUGUCUCUCUUCUAUCGUUUGCAGUGUGGAAAAUGCUUGGGGUUCAUAAUUUGGUUGAAUUCCGAGAAAAAAUUCAAAGCCUGAUGCCAAAAGUUUCAAAAAAACAACCCCAAGAAGGUCGAACAGAAUUCAAAAAUCUAACAGAUUUGAUGCAGUAUAUAAUAGACAUUGAUGCUGAGGAGAAGAAAAAGAAAUUAGCCAAAACCAAUUCUAAUGUCUCAGGAAGCUGAUUACGACAAGAAUGGUGAUUUAGACAUCUUUAACCAGAAAAUUACAAGAUUACAAGGAAAUCUAAAAAUGGCCAUCACCCCACAGCAACACAGCUGGUGUGUACUGGAAUUCGCAAGAUCAGUGUUGUGGCCAUGCAAUGUGCUUUCAGACUCAAAUGUCAUACAAUUCCACCUACACCCAUUCCAUUCGGAAAUGGUACAAUGAUUUUAGUCAGAAAGGGUGUAUCUGUGAUCAGAGAAAGGGACAUUCUGGCCGACCAUCAAUCUCAGAAGACGUUAUUGAUCAAGUUAGAAGAAAAUUUGUGCACAGCCCCAAAAAGUCAAUAUGAAAAGCUAGUUGAGAGUUACACCUCCCCAAGGGCACAGUUUGCAAGAUCCCACACAAACACCUAAAGUUUCACUCGUACAAGCUGCACUUAGUCCAAAACUCCACUCGAAAGAUAAUGGAAUGCAAUUUGAAUUUUGUGAGAAUAUCCAUCAAUUAAUGGAAGAUAAUGAUAACCUUCUGUGAUGAGGUGUUAUUUCACAUGACCAGCAAAGUCAACAGGCAUAACGUGCGGAUAUGGAGGGCUUGAAUAUCCCCAUGCUACCCAGGAAAUUGAGUGAGACUCACUAAGAGUUAAUAUGUUUUGUGCCGUAUCAGAGAGGACAGUGUAUGGCCUUCUUCUUUUAAUGAGGAACUGUUACUGGUCAAAGUUACGUGGAGAUGCUG